AUGGAACAUUCCCCCUCUCCACCAACUUUGGUGCAACCAUCGCCUCCGCAUUCCACCGUCAGCCAGAGGGAUCAUGAUGUCGCCGAUCCGGAGAACAAUGCGACGUCCUCUUUGCCGGAGCGCUUUUCCAGACUGGCAGAUCUAUUAUCGCAGAGUUCCCCCAUGUCACCAGACGACUCCAUGACUCUGCACCAGCAUCUCGAUGCUCUCGAGUCUCUCCUUGACCCUCGUCCAAGCCUGACCCGGGAGAUUGCCAAAUGUCGCCCUCGAAGUUCCCCGCUAGGUGCUACAACACUACCUACUGACUCUCUUCCUCCAAUCGACCCGAUCCAUUCCAUCAACGACCGAUCGCAUUCUCAGCUCACGGCCGUCCUCACCGAGGUGACGACGCUUGGCACCGAAAUAUGCCAUCGCCGCAAAGAAUCAUCGCACAUCUAUGACCUCUUCACUCGCGAACGCCAAGAACUGGCGCGAAGGAUAUUGGACCUGGAACAAGAAGUGGAUGAGUUGAAGGCCGACAUCGCGGAAGGAUCGGCGGAGCGGGAAGCACUGAAAGGCACCGUUCAUGGAUUCGAAAGCUGGAUCCUGAGGGGGCAAAAGCACGAUUGGGCAUCGGCCAAGCGACUCAGUCGAACCUCGCGACAGAAGUGGACAAACAAGGAGACUGAGGACCUCAAUGAGAGCAACAUGGAAUCGCUGCUAGAGGGGAUCACUGCAUGGUUGCGGGGAUGGAAUGAUAUCGAAGAAGGCUUUCAUAACCGAGAAAGAGAACGCAAACUGCGAAGGGAUGAGAGACAAAACAUGCAACCCGGGAUUGCUAGACCUGAGUCGCGGGAACUAGAAGGGUAUCCAAUUGAUUAA